AUGUCUAACCAGACCAAGUCCAACAAGCCCGCGGGCAAGACUGGCCGCAGCGCCAUCGAGGAUGUCGUCGCCCGCGAAUACACCGUCCACCUGCACAAGAGAGUCCACGGCGUAAGCUUCAAGAAGAGGGCUCCUCGCGCCAUCAAGGAGAUUCGCUCUUUCGCUGAGAAGGCCAUGGGCACCACCGACGUCCGUCUCGACCCUCAGUUGAACAAGAAGGUCUGGGAAUCCGGCAUCAAGGGCGUCCCAUUCCGUCUCCGUGUCCGCAUCAGCCGCAAGCGUAACGACGAGGAGGGCGCCAAGGAGAAGCUGUACUCCUACGUCCAGGCCGUCAACGUCAAGAACCCCAAGGGUCUCCAGACCGCCGUUGUCGAGGAUGCGGCAUAG